UGCCAGAUCGCGCUGCUGCGGCUGCGCAAGGCGGAGGGAACAGAGAGUCGGAGGGAACAGGUUCAUCAGAUCGGUGCUUCAUGCUGCCCAACCUCACCUUUGCUGUCUGAGGAUCCCUAGGUGGCAACCCAUUUUGUGCCAGGCCUUACGCUGAUCACCAAAGACACAAAGAUGAAAGGGAGGUGGUUCCUGCCGUCAGGAGUGCCCAGUCUGCCCUAUAAGAGACUCUGAGUAGUGCUAUAUUUCCUCCAAAGAGACAUAGGCAUCCAUUGCCUCCCAUUCACUCCCCAACAGGGUUGGUCACAUAGGAAAAGCUGCAGGAAUAUUGACUGACUAAAUGAAGGAUCAAACACAGAAGACUAAGCCCAUGAACUGGGAACUGGAAGGGGUCGGUCAGGGAACAGAGUCACCAGUGCCGCUGGAGCAAGAAGGUGUCAUAGAGGACAGAAGUGAAGAUGGACUCUCUGAAAGCUUCCAGCUUCUGCAGAUGGAUGUGGAAUAUGAGCGCCAAGAGGGAGAGACACUCCCCAUAGACAGUGAGACAUGGUGCUCGAAAAAUGUCCAGAGAAAACAGAGACACUGGCAAAAGAUAAUUGCAGCAAAGAAGUGCAAAAGAAAGCAAGAAAAAGAAAGAAGAAAAGCCAAUCGUGCAGAAAAUCCAGGUAUCCGCCCCCAGCAUAGCAAACGUUUUCUGAAAGCCUUAACCAAAGAGAAACUUUCGGAGGCCAAACACUCAGGACCAAGACUGUGUAUCGAUUUGAGUAUGACCCACCACAUGUCAAAGAAGGAAUUGAGUAGACUGGCUGGACAGAUCCGAAGGUUGUAUGGUUCAAACAAAAAAGCUGACAAGCCCUUUUGGAUCUGCCUCACUGGAUUCACAACUGACAGUCCCCUCUAUGAAGAAUGUUUGAGGAUGAAUGAUGGAUUCUCUACUUACGUGCUAGACAUGACAGAAGAAGACUGCUUUAGUUUAUUUCCUCUGGAAACCCUUGUGUACCUGACUCCUGAUUCAGAACAUGCUCUCGAAGAUAUUGAUCUAAACAAAGUUUACAUCCUUGGUGGACUUGUGGAUGAAAGCAUUCAGAAAAAGGUGACAUUUCAGAAGGCCCAGGCAUACUCUGUCAAGACAGCCCGCUUGCCAAUCCAAGAAUACAUGGUCAGGUGCCAAAAUGGGAAAAACUUCCACUCAGAGAUAUUAGCUAUCAAUCAAGGAUCCAGUGCCAGGAGCAUGUUAGCUGGCUUGCUCCCUCUCACAGAGAGCCCUUUGGAAAUAUGUUCCUUUGUGUUGCAGCAUUGCCCAUUCACAGGCCUCUGUCAGUGCAAGUAUUUGAUAUCCUGUCUACCUACUUUGAGACUCAUAACUGGCCUGAAGCACUGAAGAAAGGAGUUUCUUCGGGAAAAGGUUAUGUUCUUCGGAAUUCAGUGGAGUGAUAGCCAGCCCAAGAUUGCAGCUGCAUGAUACAAAGUGCUGGCGGUCUCUUGACCAAAGAACAGGGCAAAGGGUGGCAGUGGCACACACUUGCCUUUCGUUGACAUUUUGGGUCUUCAUAGUAUUAGCUAUCAAUGACAGGAACCACAUUUUAUGCUUUUGUAUCACCCACCGUGCCUGGUUCACAGGAAGUGCCCCAAGAAAUGUUACUACAAAAAAAAAAAAGUUUACCUAACAAAGAAAUUAGCCCUAAAAUUACAAGGCUUUGAAUAUGUUCAUUCAUCUUUUGUACAUCUAUUUCUAUUUGUGAAAGAACUACUUUUAGAGAUUAAAUAAUUGAUAUAUCAGGAACUUAACUUUCACUAAUCUGGCAUAAAAUUGUAUCUUUCUCCAGCCUAUUUGAACAUGCUGAUUUUUUCCCCCAGCUCAGAAAUAUGCUGCACAUAACCUUUGCAGUAUCAGCCAAGCCUGGCCUGGCCUUCUUUUAGCCUCCAGAGCACUUUGUUUCCUCCUGUGGCUCUCACCCUGUUCUCCUUCUUCUAGUUAUGGACAUGGAGGGCUUCUCUCUUCCAAUUUGUGAAUAACUUCAUAUCUUUCUGAGCCUCAUACAAACUUGGGUCAUUCUACACAUAAUUAACAGACCAAAUUGAAAAGCAAAAAUAUAGUACUGAUAAAUCUAAGUUGAAAACAGAAAGUAUGCUCCAAUCUGAAAUUCAGUCGUGUUAGAUAAUUGACUUCUUAUUACACAAAUUUAUCUCCUUGUGUCCUUCAGUUAUUCUUGCCAGUUGCUGAUUAAGCUGAAAGCAAAUUCAGAAAAUGUAUUCUAUAUGUCAAAGAAACCAAAAGGUUACUUCUUUGCUCUACUCCAUCCCCUUUACCAUUUAAAUCCUUGGUAACUGACCACUUGAUAAAUUGUUAUCAGUGUGUUUUUAUUAGUAAGAUACCAGGCCACAGAAAACAUCUUUACAAGCACAUAGUGCUUUUUGGUCACUAUCAACAUGUUGAAUGAAGGAGAUAGUCUCAUCUAACAUGGAUUAUCUACAGGUAGGCCAUCAUUCAUAGGAGAUCCAUCAUUCAUAAGAGAUCUGUGACCCAGAACCACUGAACUUUUAUCAUCUGCCAAUCUUCAUGUUUACUAGUAAACACUUUGCUUAAUACAGCAGAUCACCCAACUCAAACCUAAGCCUCUCCCACUUAUCCAAAACCAUGAGGAGGUGUUUUUUUGUUAGGCUUCUGGUUCCCAGCUAUGUCAAGAUGAAACUGUUCCCUUUGCCUAGAAUGUCCCCCCUUGAAUCCUUCAAUGGAUUCAGAAAUCCUCAUAUUGUUAUUUACAUAAAAUUUUAAAAACUGAGUAUUCCAUAUAACCCUCUAAUAUGAAAAUGAAAUACUCUGGAACUACUG